AUGGCAAGAUCAUCAAAAACCGCCUUGUUCGCUGACCAAUCAGCCUCUUUCAUUAUGCUAAACAUGAAUCCCAAUUGGAAUCUUACAAUCGAUCUUGAUUCACCGUGUUAUAGUGAAGCUCUUGGGCUGAUGAUUGUAUGCCUAAAGUUCUUGCCACUGGCUCAAGCUUUAACCAUGGCUGACUCUAUUCCACUAGUCCAUCUUUCAAAGGCUUACUCCUUUGCAAUGUACAACAAUGUAUAUGAUAUCAUCCACUUGAAGGUUGCAUCUCACAAGACCUCGAUCACUAGGCCCCACUUCAUCAAAAUUUGA